CAUAAGGCAGACACUGCCCUCCCUUGUCUGACGGUCAACUUGUCCAUCAUCAGCGAUUCUGGGAGCGUGUCAGCACGAAGGAUCUUAGUUGGCCCUGGUGUCAUCAUCCUUCUUCCUUUGACUGUUUAUUACUUGGCUGCCAAGGAGCUUCGACCCACUAUCUGCAUAAGCAUACACGGAUGGUCGAGAUCUGACGAACGUUGUACGGGAAUAGGCACAUCUUGGUCUUGGUCUUGACUCUUGACAAGAGUUGGCCGUCGUCUCACCUUGGGGUCCUUCUUUUCAACUCUCAUUCUUGCCUUUCUUCAGCCUCAUUUAUUCGUGCAAAUGCACCUUGGAGAGACUGGAUAUUCUGGACGUCAGUUGCGACUUCCAUUUUUGUAGCGAAACAAUCGUCCGGAGAUCGACAUGGCUGAUGUUGCGACCCCUCCCCGGCUGGCCGUGUCCGCCCUGCCAACCAUGCUCAUGAGCUAUUUCACUGGACCAGCCACCACGGAUAGCAUUACAUCGGGCAAUACUGCAUCGUUGAACGACAGCUUGAACGACAACCUGGAGAAGCAUCAACAUAACAACUACAAUAUCCAAUCCCUACCCUCUACACCGAUGCAGCAGGAUACCCCGCGAAGCCACAGGAGUAACGCAAACAGGAACUCGCUGCCGUUGAUGCCCCACGACGACGACCACGAGUAUGCCUCUCGCGAGGGCUCCCUUAUGAGUUCUAAUGGCGGCGGGAGGUCCAGAAAGCGAUCCUCUCGCCCCAAAACCUCGUACAGCAUCGCCCAUGCCCCACCAAAAGGCAGUGCGCGACACAAGAUCCACGUACGCGCGAAGCCCUUGUUGCAAUUGCACCAACUCUCGCAGUCGGCGAGGCCUAUGCCAGCAUACGAACUCCUACCCUCUGCUAUAUUCUCACCUUCAUUAUCGCGCGCCAUAUCAAAGGCCUUCCGCACCCGUCAUGGCCUCUGCCCCGCCGACCUCGCCAUUGUCAAAGCUGAGAAAUAUCACCAACACGAAGCAUCCAAUAAAGAGGAGGACGAGUCGCGCGAUGUGCUGGCUCUUGUCUGUAAGGGGCGUAAGGGGGAUGGGAACACUGCGUCCAAAGCAAAGCUGUAUCUCGAGGACGGCAGCGAGUGGGAGGCAUACCCUCUGCCUAACGGCGGUUAUGAAUUCUUUAGUACCGAUGAGCAUGGUCUUGGUAUGACUGCACGCUGGGUCCUUCGCCGUCCGCGUGCUAGAAGAAGUCAAUCGGCGUCCGACAUGGCUUCUUGGUCCGCCGAUGGCUCAACCAAACGCUUCCAAUUCUCUACCAUCAGCCCAAAUUCUCGCCGUCACCCAGUCAUCGCUUCUCUUACUACCACCUCCCUUGAUAUCAACGACUCCUACACGACUCCUUCACCUCUGGCCCCCUCUCCCGAAAUUUCCGACCAUGAAGAAGCUGGCCAGGACUCAGCCGAUAUCAGCACCGAUCCCAUCGUAACAAGUCAGUCUCUCAAGGCCCUGAUCACUGCUACUGCUGUUUGGGUUACUCUUCGCGAAGGCUGGUGCCCUGGAUAUCGUUAUGACGACCUCAUGCUGCGAUCGCCCUCGCUCAAACUCAAUAACUCGCCUAUCAAGUCGCCCACAGAGAUGUCAUCGGCUGCCAAGGAAGACACUCCUAGGAGAAGUGGCAGUAUCGCUCGCAUGUUCCGCUCUGCCAGCGCUAUGAAAAGACGCUCAACAUCAUCUACUCAGAUUGAUGGGGUCACCUCGACUGAGGAGCCUCCCAUCACUAGAAGCGCCAGUGCUAGAAGAGCUCGCGCCGACUCUACCAGCACCGUCUUGGUUCAUUCUAAGCGACCUCGAGGACGUCGUGCUGAUACUACCAGCACUACUGCAUCCGGCCUUGCACACAUGGAUCUCGCUCACAACGACAUGACUGAAGAGGAGGAAAGCGUCGAGACUACCGCAGCCAUGCUCGCGAAGUCAUCAAAGCACUCCUCGGCACCAACUCCUCUGAUCCCAGCUCUUGAUUUACAAGAGAGUGACGAGGACGCGCAUACCGGCCGUUCAGACUCUGCCAGGUCUCAGGAAGCCGAAAGAAAACUUGCCGCUCAAGCUGCUCGCCAGAAGCGCGAAAGCUCAACCACAUCAACCAAUAGCAUAGAAGCCGGUAAAAUCGAAGCAAACACGCCCAAAGCCAAAAAGACCAGAAGAUUCAGAAGCCUCUUCUGCGGCAUGGCAGGUUGAUGUGAAAGAAAGAGGAGGAGCUCGAAGCAACUGGUUUUGUUCUCGUUGCAUAUUAUAUCUCUCAAAUGGCUGGACCUUGAAAGAGCCCACCCAUUAUACCCAUAUCCGCACCCAUCCAUUUUAUUACUACGCAGAGCGUAUGUACAGUACAAGUAUUCUGAUAUCUCGAUUAGCGUACACAUCACACGAAUCUAUGAUAUAUCCUUUUUGUUGACCA